GUUGGGCAGUGAAUGGGGGAUGUAUGGGAGCUGCAGAAUCUAUGGGCUGCCAAUCAGGAUUUGCAAGCAUGUCCGGAAGGACACUAGGGGCUCUAUGGGCCUGUGUGCGAAUUCUUGGUGACUGUGGGACACUACUUGUGCUCACCGCUGCACCAAAUUGUACUGCACUUUUGGGACUCUCCACGUCACCAAGUGAUACUGCAAUACUGGUAUAAAAAAGACCAGGAUAUACUAGGCCGCUGGUGCUCGCCAGUUCACCAAAAGGUAGUAUUGCACUGGUACGGGCACUCUGCUGCAUAUGCGACAAGUCAUGCGAUCCUAGCACUUCAGCUUCAUGGGGUCGGGUAUACCUGAACAGGGACCUCUUCUCCAUCGUC